CUUUCCUUGAGGCUUGAAGUGUCAAGCGUGGGCAGGUUAAAGAAUCUGAACAGAAACAGAUGUGCAAACACAGGACGCCACUCCGAGCAGUGGCACUCGAGUCAAAAGUCGAGACGAAGGGCGGCCAUGAGAAGACAACAGUGACAUCUAAUUCUCACAAGAUGUCUUCGAAACGCCUAGAUUUUGAGCAGACGGCCUUGAAAGUUGAGGAAGGCCUGGUCCGUCUUUAGGUUUAGGGAGUGGAGUAGGCAGGGCAGACAGGAAAGGCCGUCUUUGUCAGUCUCUGUCUGAGUCGCUAAUGGACUUGGCUAUUGCCCCCCCCUGCAGCUGAGACAUCUAAGGUUCAUGGCAUGCAAGAGGGCAAGCCCGUAGGAAAAUGAAGUGAAUUGCACCACCUUGCAAUUAUGGUGUCAAAAAGCAAUGUUCACCGGCAGGUCUUUUGGCGGCGCGUUCGCAGCGGCAUCCGCACGUCAAUUGCCGCCUUGCUCACAGCAGUCCUGGCGCUUACCCCCGAGAUCUCCCGCAACCUCACCAUCGCCUUCUUUGCAAGCGUCACCGCUAUCAUUAUCACAGACUCCAGCCUGGGGCGAACUAUUCACAACGCAGUCAUGGUCUUCUGGGCUUGCGUCGCCUCCUCCGUCGCUUCCAUAGUCUGCGUUGAGAUCUUUGGCCGCUCGUACACGGCCAUGCUCCUGUGCCUCACAGGGACGGCCUUCCUGAUAGCUUAUCCAGACGUCCACGUGCUUAUCAAGAAGUUUGGCCUCGCCCUUGCUGGCAUCGACUUCAUCACCUUUUCAAUAAGGCCCCAGACCACCUCAAUCACGUUUCCCCUCAGGCUCGCAGCCACAACGAUGCUAGGAGCAGCAUGUGCCGUUGCCAGCAUGAUUGUCCCGACUCCUUUAAGAGCCACCACUCUAGUGAGAGACCGCGCUGAGCUGGCGGCCAAGUCGCUAGCGGCGCUUCUUAGUACUCAGAUGGACGCGUUCUGUGCGGUGGAAGGGCGCAGCCUGUCGAAGCUCAAAGUCCAGGCGGGGAUGCUGCGGCAGGCGGUGAUGACCAACCUGCAGAGCAUGAAAGACAGGCAGGAAGAGCUUUGGUGGGAAGGGGCUGGAGGGGCGCCAACUAGGAAACUGCAGCGGCUACUCAAGGUGUAUGACACCCUGCUCGGGCAUUCAGCUGCUCUGGACAUGGCGCUCCAGACAGGGCACAUCCACGAAUCUCCAAAGCUCCUGCUUAGGAUUCUGCGGCCAUCCCUGGUCGACAUUGGGGUCUGGACAGGACUGGUGCUUGGGGUGGCUGUCGACGAGUUCAAAGGCAGGAAGGUAAAAGCAGAAAAGGGGGAGCAGCUUGCUGGCAAAGGCAUCCAGCUCUUGAGGCGCUUUGACGCGACUCUUCAAGUCGCUCGAGAAAGGGCGUACUACGGAGUCAAGGGUGGCGAUGCCAGUGCUCCGGUGACAGACUCCUCGAGCGAAGAAGCUGACGAUCUGAAUCUGAACCAGCCCCGUAGGCGGAAGAGAAGCAGCCACGUGGAGACGCUGAUGAAGUGCUCUGUCGAAAGCCUGAUCACAUCCCAGUUCUUUCUCUUCAACGUCAAGCACAUCGCCCAGGAAGCCCUCUCCCUCCUGUCUGACUCCCCCGCCCCGCCUCCCCAAACCCCGCGCCUGUCCUUUGUGCAAUCCAUGCGGCCAGCGCCCCCUUGUACAAACCCGAACUGUGCAUCGUCCGGUCGAAGCACGGAUGCCAAGAAAUCACGAAGACGCUCACAAGAUGCAACAAGCGUCCAGAUGCCAGAGGGAGGUGUUCAAACGAACGGUUUUGGUCCCUUGGGAUCGAGCAAUUUAGCAAGCAAAAACGGGGAUAAGGGAAAGAGGAGGUUUGACGGGGUAUUUGAGUUUGCCGGGCGAUUCAAGCCGGAUGCCAGGAAGUUGAAGGCCGGCAGUAAAGUCGCGUGUGCCGUGGGCGUGGGAGGCCUCUUAGGAAUCAUUGCUGGGCGUAACUACGGCUAUUGGGCUGUUGUCACCAUAGCUUUCAUUAUCGGGGGCUACCAAGGGACCAGCUUUCGGGCCGCGUGGCUUCGUCUCCAGGGCACUGUGGCUGGGGCGAUCUACGGGUACCUUGUGAUUCUGGUCGUGCACGGACAUCCGGUCGCCGUAGGCGCGCUACUUGUGCCCUGGGUUGCGCUUGUCACCUUCAUACGGUACAGCAAAGCGUAUGGCUACUCGGGCGUCGUGGCUGGCUUCACGGCGGCCAUCAUCAUGUUGGGCUACAAAAGCUCCAACCAGAAUGUGCAGGACUAUGCGCUGGGGAGGAUCACAGAGACGUGCAUCGGUAUCGUGACGUUCAUCGUGGUAGAGACGUGCGUGUGGCCCAACCGUGCGGCGCUGCUCGUGCGCGAGGCGCUCAUCUCCGCACUGCAAGACGCGCGCGCCUGCUUCGCGGCCAUUGUGCGGUCCUACAUGGAGGAGGAGUGCAUGCAGUGUCGUCAGAAGGCCGUGCAGCAGGUCGCCGCGACGGAAAAGACCCUCGCUGCGCUGAUGGCCAAGCAGGGCCCGCUGAUCGACGAGGCGGCCUCGGAGCCCGACUUUUGGCGUGCGCCGUUCCCGAUCCCUGUGUACUGCAAACUUCUGGACCUGCAGAAGCGCAUGGCACGGCUCCUGUAUGCCAUGGACUGCGCUUUGAGGGUAACGGGAAUGGAGACGGCCGGCGAACAGACCGAGAAGCUCGUCAAGCCCUUGCAGGGCCCGCUCCGAUCCCUCGAAGCUGAAGUCCUUCUCACCCUCGACAGUCUGAUCAUCGACCUCAGAGCGCCCGCCAGGGCCGUCGGAAAAGUCGCAAACCCCACGCAAACCAAGCAACCCUCUUCGGAAACCGAGUUGACGGCCGCAGCGGCGGCCGUCAACGGAACGGACGGCAAUCUGGAUUCUGAACCACCAUCUAGUGCGAAGAUCCACUCUGAAGCGCAAGCUGGCGCGAAUCAACGAGGGCCGCAGGAUCGAGUCCAUCCAACGGAAGACGUAGGGGGAGAGGGCCGCUUGGGGCCUCCUAGCGUGGAUAGCGUACAGAAGGAGCCUGAAGGGUCAGCGGACAAGGAGGCAGCCUUAGAUAUCGAGUCGCAGGAAGCGUCAGGCGAAGGCACAGCGGAAGCAGGGGAGGGGGGCACGAAAAAGAAGCGGCAUAAGCACGGCAACUUGCACCUUCAUUGGGGAGGGGGGGACAAGCCGGUUGACAAGGAGGUGUUCCAGCACCCCGUGCAAGGGACUGACGCGGCGGGACGCCUGGGCGAGGCGGGGGCGGUCAACAUCCGGCACGUCUUUCAGGAGUACGAGGACGUCAUCUCGGGGCUGAUCUCCGCGAAGCUGUCCAACCCGGACAUCCGCAUCGUGGACAACACGGCCAUGCUCUCCUUUAACGCGCUCGUCUUCAGCAUGCGCGCGCUCAUUGCGGAAGCCAACGACCUGGAAAACAACGUGCGGGAGUUGCUGCAGGUCGAAAGUCCCGUUGACCUUGUCAAGUGCAUCAAUCCAAAUCAUUAUUCUGAUUCAGAGCCUUUCCUUACGGAAGACGAAGGGCGCCGACGUAGUGAUUAACCAACUCAAUAAAAGGUAUUUGAUCUAUGGAUGCACUGUUGCAGCAACGGACUCUUUUAUAUGAAGGUCUGUUUAAUCUGCAAGGUUAUCAAAGUCUGCCAGCACAAUGUUGUCCUUAACUGAAAAUUGAUUGAUCUAAUGUAUUCCGGGGCGUUCCAAGUAAUCGACUCUCUACCAAUGACUUCUUCCACGUG